CCGCGAGAAGCGGAGCUGCAGUAAAAGGUGUGUGUGGGUGGGUUGUGCUUAUAUGAAACUGAUGAUUCAUGACAUGAGUUAAUAACAAUACCAACAUGCGAACAUGCCAAGCUAAACGGCCUCAAUUGUGUGUGGAGGUUCUGGCGGGGCGAUCGGACACUUUAACGGCCUGGAGCACCGGAGUAUUGUCGGCUAGCCCCCAGCUAACAAGCUAGCCCCGGUUAGCCUUUACCUCCAGCUAACAGGCUAGCCCCGGUCAGACUAAGCUAACAGCCACACACUCCCCCCUUUUCUCGCCGCUCCGUAGCUAAUCCCAGCCCGCUUCCUGUCCCCGACCUGAGCUCAUGGAUCCCGGCGGGAGUGAGCUGGACUCCAGCCUGCCUCAGCCCGAGAAGCCGUGCCUGAUCGUGGAGGACUCUCAGCCGGACAGUGUCGCCCUGGAGGACGAUCCAGAGAGCAGCUAUCGAGCCGUGCUGGCCCGCCGACUAUCCAGCCUUCAGCCCUCCGCCCGAAGCCCCGUGCUGGAGCUGAUCUCCUCUCCGUCAGGAAGUAGAUCAUCUCAGACUGACAGCCAAUCAGAGAGCAGAGAGAGGACCAGCCGCAUUGAUCCAGGUGUUCCUGUGUCAGCUGAGCCCAGGUCGUCUGUCCAGGACGAGAGUCAGGUUUUAAACAUCUGCCCCCCCCCCAACAAGAAUAGGUGUGCUGCAGAGGACUCCAGAGCGGAUUCUACCACACACUGUGUUCAGUCUGAAGAGGGAACCUCUCAGUUUGGCUUCCUGCAGCUCUCUCAGAGUCAGGACCUGCGAGGACACUCAGUGAACAGUCAGGAGGAAGACGUGCAGUCCAAGCUCAGAGUCCAAGGCCAGCAGGACCACAAGACCCCGUCGUCGCAGCAGGACCUGUUUGACGCCGACAGGAGCGGUGUGACAGUUGACAGCACAAUGUCAGAGGAGGAGCAUCAUGGUGACCCGACCCCCGCCCACACCCUCAGACUGCUGCACCUGUCAGGACAGGACAGUCUGGUUCAGGAGAGUCUGUCCCAGAGCUCAGUGGACUAUGUGGCCCCCACCCCCCUAAUUAUCCCCAGCUCCCCCACAGAGCCAGAGAGUGACGGAGAUGAAUCCAUGGACACAACAGCGCCAACUGCAGGUCGACGAGGGGAUAAAGAGGAGCCAAUGGAAACACAGGGUACCUUUAAGCCCCUCCCCUCUGCCUCUACGCCUGUUUCCCAGACUGCCCCUGGGUUGGUGUUGGAGCGGACUCUAUCUUUGCCUUCACAGCCGCAGUUCUCUCAGGAUGUGUUUGUCCCGACUCAGAGCCAGGAGACACCUCAGCGCUCUGCUGCCCCCUGUCUGCAGCUGUCUGUCAGCACACUCAGCAGCACAUCACAUCCGCCUGCUGAGGACAGUCAGGACACGCAGAUCGAGGAUCUGUCUGAACCGUCCACAGUCACCACCUGUGACUCUGUGAUGUCACACAGUGAGGGGAGGAGUCAGAGAAACGGUUUGAGCUCGGAGUCACAGACCCCCUCCAAAUCGGAGUCCUCUUUGGGAGCCCUGAAACAUCCAAGUCCUCUGAAUGUACCCAACAUGACUGACAGCUCACAGGUGAGCUCUGUGCAGGCCACACCCCCUGACCCCUUCCCCGGCAGUCUGACCUGUCAGAAGUCAGAGGAGGAGGUGAAGAAGACUGCUGCUCUCCUGAGAGCGAGAGGAAGCUCAAACAGUCAGACAGAGGAGGAGGAGCAGAGCGCAGGGGGCGGGGCUUCAGGGAUGGCUCUGGUCCUCUCUCAGAGUCAGCUGGACAGUCAGGAAGAGGACAGUGUUGUCAUCAUCACAGACAGAGACUCUCAGAAACAUUCAAGGACCAACAGCUCCCAGCCAAUCAGAGGCAGAGAAUCUGUCUCCACCAAUGGACACCACCCCAAGAAGCUGCUCUCUGAUAGGCUCUCCCAGCCUUUGAGGGCGGGGCCUGAACCAGAGGGGCUCAAAGACAAUAGUCUGAGUGAAAGCUCAGGAGAGAUCUCCUUCCACUUCACCCUGCCCAAAGAGGGGGAGCUGAUUGAUCCUGUGGUUGGAGCCACGCCCCCUCUGAUCACCCAGCUGAAGCAGACACUGAGACACAGCACUCCCAUUGAGAUCUCUUCGUUCUCCGAGAAGGUGGUCGUGUCUGCUGACACCUCUGCAGACAUGGCGAUGGCGGAGAGCGACAUGGUGUUGGUGGAGAGCGGGGGAGACUCAGGGGAGGGGGGGGGGAAGCUGAGUCUGAGGAUGAAGCUGGUGACCCCGGUGGAGGAAGGCAGCUCAGAGCGCUUCAGCCUGCAGAAGCCGGCUUUGUCCGAGGAGGAGGGCUCUGCUGUGAAGGUGUUCUCUGCUCAUCAGGCUUUAAACAGCAGCCCCUCUGUGUUCAACCGGGUCACACAGGUGCACAGACAGCAGGGGCCAGAGGAGGACGCCCACGCUGCAGGAACCAUCACACCUGUCAGGGCGGAGCUGUUCUCCUCUCCUCAGAGGAGCUCUCAGGCUUCCUCUCUGGGAUGUAACAGCCUCCCUAACAGCCAAUCAGAGCAGCCCUCACAACAGGAAGUGUUUGCAGCUCCGCAGACCUCUCAAGAUCCUCUUGGUCGUGCAGAGUCUGAGGACAGACCAGGACCCCCUGAAGCUCCACAGACUCCGACCCAGACCCCCAGAGGAGCCCGGGCCCCAGCAGGCCAGGGAGAAUCAGCGUCUCCAUCCCUCAAGAGAACCACAGGCCCCGCCCACCGCAGACACGUACGCACCAUACAGGAAGUGAGGACCACCAUCACUCGCAUCAUCACAGACGUUUAUUACGAGGACGGAAAAGAGGUGGACCGAAAAGUGUCCCAGGAGAGGGAGGAGCCUGUGGUGGACUGUCAGGUGUUGGACAGCGACAUCUCGCCGUGUCGAACAGGAAGCAGCUCGCUCACCUCAGGUGACCUGGCUGACAUCAGCUCGCUGUCGUCCAAGGCGUCGAGUCUGCAGCAGAGCUCAGGAGGAACCAGCAGCAGCUGUGGAUUCAUCCGGUCUGACUUCAUCCUGCCGCCCAGCAGGGGGGGCAAAUCCUUUAGCCCCCGCAGGGGUCACAGAGGUCACAGGGGUCAGGGGUCAGCGCUAACAGCAGACAGAGGAUACCAGUGGCCCCGGGUCCUCACUCCCCCCACACCCAGAGGAAGGGCCAGGAGGGGCCGACCCCCCUCCCGCUCCUCUCUGUCCAGGGGGGGCGGAGUCAGCUCUUUGCAGAGGCUUUGCGCUCACACUCAGAUGGCGUCGUCCUCGGAGGAUGAGCCGCCCCCCCGCCCCCCCGUCAGCCCCUCUGACCCCUCCCCCUCCCGCUCUGACUCUCUUCGCUCCUCCCCCGAAGAGACGGGCUCAGCAGGAAGCAGCUUUGUCGGUCUGCGGGUCGUCGCCAAGUGGUCUUCUAACGGAUAUUUCUAUUCCGGGCGCAUCAUAAUGGACGCAGGGGACGCCAAGUUCCGUCUACGCUUUGACGACGGGUACGAGUGUGAAGUGGCGGGAAAGGACAUCCUGCUGUGUGACCCAAUCCCCAUGGAAACGGAGGUCACUGCCCUGCUGGAGGACCAGUACUUCAGCGUAGGAGUAGUAAAGGACUAUAAGAGCGAGGGGGAGGAGCUAUGGUACAGCGUGGAGAGGGACGCUCAGAGACAGUGGUACAACAGGACGUCCAUCAUCCUGUCUCUGGAUCAGGGCAACAAGCUGAAGGAGCAGCACAGCCUGGGACCAUACACACCCUCCACCCCUCUCACCAAGGCCUCAGACAUCAGCCUGGAUAAUCUGGUGGAGGGGAAGAGGAGGCGCAGAGGAGGCCCAGGGGGGGAGAACACCCCCCACCGUUGCUCCUCCAGCAGCCCCAGUACCCCCGGCCCGUCCGGGAAGAGGAAGCUGCUGAGCUCAGAGGACAGCAGGACGCCAUCCAAGAGGGGGCGCCGAGGAGCAGGAGCCAGAACUGGUCAGAGGACAGGUGUGUUUAACACCUCCGGCAGCGGCACUGACCUUCCUGGUCGCUCUGGUGACGAUGUGUCGGAGACUCACGGCCCGCUGCCCCUGAACGCCUCACUGUUUCAGGGCUUUGCGUUCAUGCUGACGGCGUCGUCUGAGAACGACCGUCUGACCAACAGGAACGACAGCGAGGAAGAGGAGGAUUACGUGCAGACGGGACCCUAUAAUAAAACGUACACCGAGUCUCAGCUGCAGGCGGGCGGAGGGUUUGUCCUGCCCGACUUCAACGAGGAGCAGUGUAAAGCAGCCUAUCAGAGCCUUCUGAUUGCUGACCAGCACUGUCGGACCAGGAAGUACAUACUCUGCGUGGCGAGUGGCGUGCCGUGUGUAUCGCACAUCUGGGUCAGAGACUGCUGCAAAGAGAACAAGCUGCUAAACUACAGGAACUACCUGCUGCCAGCGGGGGCGGGGUCAGAUGGCACCAUCAUUGAGUGGCAUCCUCGCUGUAGUCCAUUCAGGUGUCUUCGUGUCCUCCUGGUGUUUGGGCAGCAGGUGGAUCUGUGGUCUCACCUCAUCAGUCUGGGAGGAGGAUCGUCUGAGAGACAUGUUCAGACCGACAAAGAAAACGCCUCAGAUGUCCCUGAAGGGAAGUUUGAUGUUGUGGUGACAGACAGCGCUUGUCCCCCAUUGGUACUAAAGGAUAUGACAUCACAGGAAGUCCCGCUGGUGUCUGCUGAGUGGCUCAUCCAGAGUGUCAUCCGAGGGGAGCGGCUGGGUUUCCAUAGCAACCCUCAGUAUCGUCAUGACUCAUCCUCAGUGUGAUCAGUCUGAGUCUGUACAUAUGUUCACCUUUACCUGGCUGUUUUUAUGGACAAUAAACUGUGACACGCCCACAUUUUAACACCUGUGUGUUUUUAAGACAUUAAACUGUGACGCUUCUUUA